CGCCCUUCACCCCCUCAUUCGUUUCUGAGAAGCAACGAGACAUCAUCAUGCCCGAGCCAGCAAAGUCAGCGCCCAAGAAGGGCUCCAAGAAAGCCGUCACCAAGACCGCAGGGAAGGGCGGCAAGAAGCGCAGAAAGUCCAGGAAGGAGAGUUACGCCAUCUACGUGUACAAGGUCCUGAAGCAGGUCCACCCCGACACCGGCAUCUCCUCCAAGGCCAUGGGAAUCAUGAACUCGUUCGUGAACGACAUCUUCGAGCGUAUCGCCGGAGAGUCCUCUCGCCUGGCCCACUACAACAAGCGUUCUACCAUCACCUCCAGGGAGAUCCAGACCGCCGUGCGCCUGCUGCUCCCCGGUGAACUUGCCAAACACGCCGUGUCCGAGGGCACCAAGGCCGUAACCAAGUACACCAGCGCCAAGUAAACAGCGCAUUUGGACU